CCACGAGGCAGAGCGAGCGACCGCGCGCCGGGAGGAGGCGGCUGAACGCCGGGAGGUCGCAUAGAGCGAACGAGCGAGCGCCCGUGCGUGUGGCCCUUGUGGCGUGAGGGGAAGCCGCUGCCUGCCCCCUUCGCCUUCCCUUCUCUCCUGUUCCCUGCGACCGCGACCGCGACCGCGGAGCAGCACCAUGUGGGAGCCGGCGGCCGAAGUCGGUAAAAAGCUCAACUCCAACCACGACGGGUCCAGCGAGACCGCAGAAAAAGAACAGCAAGAAGCGAUUGAACAUAUAGAUGAAAUACAGAGUGAAAUCGACAUACUUAAUGAACAAGCCAGCGAGGAGAUCCUGAAAAUCGAAGAGAAAUACAACAAACUCCGCCAGCCGUUUUUUCAGAAGAGGUCGGAAGCGAUCGCCAAAAUCCCAAAGUUUUGGGUAACAACAUUCGUCAACCAUCCACAAGUGUCUGCGCUGCUUGGGGAGGAGGAUGAAGAGGCGCUGCAUUAUCUGACAAGAGUUGAAGUGGCAGAAUUUGAAGAUAUCCAGUCAGGUUACAAAAUAGAUUUAUAUUUUGAUGAAAACCCUUACUUCGAAAAUAAAGUUCUCUCCAAGGAAUUUCACGUGAAUGAGAGUGGUGAUGCAUCUUUGAAGUCCACCGAAAUCAUAUGGAAAUCUGGAAAGGAUCUGACGAAACGUUCAAGUCAGGCACCGAACACGGGCAGCAGGAAGAGAAAGUAUGAGGAACCUGAGAGCUUUUUCGCCUGGUUCACUGAGCAUCCUGAUGCAGACGUGGAUGAGUUAGGCGAGCUCAUCAAAGAUGAUAUCUGGCCAAAUCCACUGCAGUACUACCUGCUUCCUGAUACGGAUGAUGAUGAUGAUGAAUUAGAAGAUGAAGAUGAAGAAGAAGAAGAAGAAGAAGAAGAAGAAGAAGAGGAAGAAGAAGAAGAGGAAGAAGAAGAGGAGGAGGAAGAAGAAGAGGAGGAAGAAGAAGAAGAAGGGGAAGGAGGAGGAGAAGAAGAGGAGAAGGAAGAGGAAGAAGAAGGUGACGAUAAGGGGGAGGAAGGCGAGCCGGAUGACGAUGAAGAGAGAGAGCCAGAGACACACGCAGUGUGAGAGCCACAGGCGGAGAGAGGGGGAGACGCAGAACCCGAAGCAGGCUCCAGUCUCCAAGCUGUCCGCGCAGAGCUGGAUGCGGGGCUCCAACCCACGAACCGUGAGAUCAUGACCCGAGCCCGAGUUGGACACUUAACCGACUGAGCCACACAGGCGCCCCUCGUUUGCCUUAUGUUUUCAAGUCUCUUUUCUCUCCCUUUAUGCCAUGGUUCUCUACUUAUUUUGGGGGGGGGGAGGGGGAAUACAUUGAGCAGAAUACACUGGGAAAAGAAUCUCUACCCCUUUCUGUUCCAAAUUCAUUUUUAUCCCUUUAAAAAUUUCGUCUCAACAAAAACUCUAUGGAAUCGGUACUGCCAUGUUCUGUGGGGAAAAAAGGGGAAAAAAAAGACAACCCUUCUGCUCCCUUAGCUCUGCUGGAAGCUGGAGGGUGUUUAGGCCCCUGUGUAGUAGUACAUAGAAUUCGAGCUUUUUCCCUCCUUUCUCUGUAUACUGGGCUCAAAGAGUAGUACACUGUGUCUCUGUGAAUAUGGACAGUUAGCAUUUACCACCAUUAUCUGUCUACUUUCUCUUGUUUAAAAAAAAAAAAGAAACCUUUAAAAAAUAGGAUUAGAGAAGGUCAGCAAAGGGUGAGAUGUUUGGGUGGGUUGAGCGGGCAUUUUGACCACAUGGCUUCUGCUCUGGCAGGUGUAUAAUUGUGAUGUUUAACAGACAUCCUAGCAGCUGAAGAUGACACUCUUACAACAAAAUUCUCUCCUGAUGAUGACUUGAGCCCUGCCACUUGCCAGGAGAGUCGGCAGAACCUGUAGGAUCUUAUUUAGAAUUGACAUUCUCUUGGAAUUUUGUUCUUGUUUAUUUUUAAAUAUCUUUUUCUUUCAUUGGAAAGAUGAUGCUCAGUUUUAAACGUUAAACGUGUACAAGUUGCUUUGUUACAAUAAAACUAAACUUCUA